AUGAAUUACAGAUCUGUGGACUCGGUGGUAGAUACGGAUGACGCGGUCAACUACCCAGUAGAGUUUCUUAACACAAUGAACCCUCCUGGCUUACCAGCCUAUAAGCUUUUUCUUAAAGUGGGGGCACCAGUGAUGUUGUUGAGAAAUUUGAAUCCGCCAAAACUUUGCAAUGGCACAAGGCUUCAAGUGAAGGCUCUACAUAGAAAUGUUAUCGAGGCCACAAUACUCACCGGAUGUGCACGGGGAGAGACGGUAUUUAUACCACGCAUACUACUAAUAUCGUCAGAGUAUCUUUUUGAGUUUAAGAGGUUGCAGUUUCCUAUCAAAGUUUGUUUUGCGAUGACUAUCAACAAGUCCCAGGGGCAGUCGUUAAAAGUAGCAAAAAUUGAUUUAAGUGAAGACUGUUUCUCACAUGGGCAGUUCUAUGUGGCAUGUUCGAGAGUGAGCUCACCAAACAGUCUUGUGAUACUAGCGCCUGAAGGGAGAACCACUAAUGUGGUAUACAAAGAAGUUCUAAAAUAG